GACAAGCUCAAAUCGAUUCAAAGAGUGGUUCCGUAUCGCGAUGGCGGUAAUAAAAGAUGGGUCUAUUGUAAAUCUUUCUGGGCCUUCCAUACAAGUUCUUAAUUAGAGUUUCGGGUUAAUGACAGCAAUAACAAUAAUAACAGACAAAAUUAGUGAUACAGAUCACGUGAUGAUCAUUAUUGAUUUAUUGAUGAUUCACUGAUGUUAAUCUCUCUUGCUUAGUUAAUACUUGUUCAAGUUGUAAUAAUCCAUUAGCGUACUAUCCAUUCUCCAGAAGAUAGAUAUCAAGCCAAGGACAAGGAUAGAAAUUAUUGAUAUAUGAAUUUAAAAAAUUUGUAAAACCAUUGUCAGUUAAGACAAAAAGCUUAAUUAUAAUUAUAAAAACUUAGGAAAAGUCAGUUAACAGUUUUAAUAACGGCAUUUAGCUUAAGUUCAAGAUGAGCUGUGUCCCUGCAUGACAGAUUUCAUAUAGGUUAAUAAAGAUACUGAAUAUCUCAAAUGGAAGUCUAGUGUUGUUGAAUUUACUGCACUUAAAAAUAGAAAACUCAACGUGAGACUCAUCACAUACCCGUCUGACCCUCUUUAAAUCAAUUUUGUCAUAUAUAUGAUUACACGAGAGUCUGUUCAGCACCUUAAUCUCCCAUGUGGUAAAGUUGGUAUCAUUAAAAGGCAAUAGUCUUCGUUGGAUCUUGCUACAUUCCCAUAUAUAUGCCUUUCCAGUCAUGGGUGAUAUUUCGAAUUAGACGGCAGGCGUCUUUGGAGAGAUAUUUGAUUAAGAGAAUUUCUCCAUCAAGCCGAGCUUAUUGUACUAGAAGUGGUAGAGCAGUGGUUGUAGGGUAGUGAUUGUAGUUUAUAACAAGUGCUUUAAAAUUUUGCUUGCAAUGAAUUCGUCAUAUUUAAUAUAUCCCUGCAAGCAGCGCAUAUGGAAAUGUACAAGCUUUCUGUUUAGUUAUUGUAGUAAAUUAAAUUUUACAUUCUUUUAAGUCAUACCUUAAACUAUGUAUAGUCGUGAUAAUAGGAAGCUUGUCGGUCGGUAGUUGAAAAUCCUAAAAAUUGACACAGAAACGUGUAAUCUUUAUUAUACUAAUAUUUCCAAAUCUGGUUCAUAUCGGGUAUAAUUCACUCAUUGCUAAAAUAAAGUGGUCUGAGAAUAAGAAACAUAUUAUAUUCGCUUCGGGCAAAGCUUUUUUAAUUCCCAUCACUAGCUUGUGUACAGUAUUUAACUGCCAUUUAAACCACAUACUAAGUUAAUUUAAUUUAUAUCGCCCGUCAUAUUGUACGUAGAGCCAUCACCACCAUAAAAUUUUGAAUCAAUUUGAGCAUCUUCAUUCGUCCGCCUGUCUGUCUGUUUGUGUCAUAUCUAUGAUAAACAUCUCACUAGUCACAGAAAAGAAGCUGUCGCCUUCAAAUUUGCCAGAAACAUUGGAAGUGCUUCCAUGCAGAUUGGCUUAAAACUGAGCCGCAUCCGGCAAAGAGUACGUUCACUGUGCGACAUGACCCGAGACCACCUUAACUUGAAAAAGAAAAUGUCGUUUUCCCGUCAUUGUUUAUAAAUCAGAAAAGAUACAACGAUAAAGAUCUGCCUUUAUAUUCUAUAGGUUAUCCUGCAGCAGUAGGUAGGCCACACACCUACUCAGCAGUGUACAAUAUUGAAAUUUCAUUCUUUUGUCAAAAGGUUGCCAGCACCCAGAAAGAAGGUUCGGUUGAUAAAUGUGAGUCGACCGAGCCAUGUUUGUCAGUCCAUCUAUCUGUUAAUUGCUGCGGUAAUCGCAGUCAUUGGUUGGUUAUAAAUGCAAAAAUGCACAAAUGGAAAACAUAAGAGAUUAGCCACGCCUAUCUAAAAUUCUCGAAUGUGGAAAUUUGGCUUUUGCAUUUUCUUGAGUAUUGUUAAAGGGUAUAAAAGAUUCUAUGCCAGCCGAGCACAAUUUUUUUACCUGCAAUUAUAAUUCUUUUUUUUUUUGUUUUUUUUUGCAUUGUAUUUAAAAAUAUGUCUAAAAAUUAUCUCUCGAGUUCUUAAUAAAAUCUAAAGAUACGCUCAGCUGUGCAGCUAAUUAAAUUGAUUUAAAUGUGUAAUGAUGUAUUUACGAUGAAUUUUUUGAAAUUAUGCCAUUAUUUUAUGAAAUCACCUGCAGAGCAAAAAUAAAAUCCUCGCCUGUUUCUCAUCUCUUUUUAAAGUUGUUGAGAAUAUGUCAUGAGAGGGGCAUAAUAUAUAAAUUUGUUUAAGGCAUUCAUGCGAUCAUCGCAAUUGUCUAAAACAUUCGCUAAUAAAUUUUUAAAUCUUUAUCAAUUAAAGUAAAAAGGUUGUUUUCAAUUAUUUUUUCAUAUAAAAAAAUCUUUAGAAUUUCGUGAUUGUUUAGUGGGAAAAUGCUUAAGAAAAGCUUUGUGAAAAUAUGUAAAAACUUAAGAAAACCGUGAAUUAACAUACAACAAUAACAACAACAGCAACAACAACAAUAAAAAGAAUGAUGUUGGUUAUUAAAUAAAAAUACAUAUAUAUAUAAAAAAAAAAAAAUUCCUUACAAAUCCAAAUUUCCAAAACAUGACUGAUGAUAAUAGUUCUCCACCAUCACCGCUACCAAAAAACGAAGAACCUUUACCUCAAAAGAGCGAUCAAGCUGAUAAACAAACAGACGCUAGCCUGGGUAGAACUACCCAAGACAUUCAUCAGAAUCAUACCAGGCCACCAUUACCUCACGAACUAACAGCCGAAUGGACAGUAAAGGCUCAAUUGAAAUUUGCUCGGGCUGGUGAAACCGUACGUAGAGAGUUUAGUUCUAAUGAUCCCGUCAAUCCGGUAAGAGUUGUUUACAAAUGGUCUACCUUCGAUGUGAAUACGGCAAGUCCAGCUCAGGAUGCCGAUGAACGUCAUGAGAAAAGACAAAAAACAGAGAGAGAAGAAGAAGAAAAUUACAAAAGAAAUUCCUCACGUUGCUCUGGUCAAUCACAAGACCCUUCAAAGUCUCGGGGCGGCGGUUCCUCUUACCGACCUCAUGAGAGCUUUCGCUCGACAACUUCUUCUAUGACUUGUGGCGACUUUGGUGGCGGUGAUUCUGCUUUUAGUGGGUCCAAUACCUCGCACAAACGCAUCCCACAAGCGGCAGAUGAUAAGAAGAACAAGAGUCCUAAUUAUUAUGGUACACGGUGUCGCAGCACGUGUAACAUUGUAGUAUCGGCAGUGGCUGACUUCUUGCCAUGUCCGGUAUCUACUAAGACUACUAGCGAAAUGAGCGUGGAUGACAAUUCUAAUUUUACCACCACUUAUCAAUUUAUACCCCAAGAAGAAACAGAUCCUUUUGUAUUUAAUACUACCGCUUCGUAUACAGUUCUGCCGGAAAAGUCAUUCGUCGAUGAGGAUGUAACUUCUCAAACUGCAGCAUCUGGGAAUUUUGCUUCAAUGGGUAAAAUUUUGAAUUUACGUGAUGCUUUUUGUCAGACAAGUGAUACAGAAACUAAAUACUUUGAGGAGCAUGAUAAAAGUCGCUACAUAAGUAAUAGAAGUCCUUUGGACCGUUUAAAGACUCAACGUUCGUAUGAUCCACGGGAUCGUUUAGUGGACGAGGGAAACUCCUUUAUGCCCUCGUAUCUUGCAUCACCUUCGCAAACAUUUAAGUCCGCUUCCUUGCCACGUAUGCCUUUUUUAGGCUCUAGUGCAAAUUAUCUGCCUCAUCCUACAGCGCCUCUAUUGACUUCUCAGAAGUGUGCCGCACCCAAUAAUCCGGAACUUCAGAAGAAACCUCGUACCGUACACAUAGAUGUCUACUGCACAGGAUCGGAGGAAGAUCAAGCUGAUGCAGAAUCUUCAAGUUCAGAUUCUGAGGCAGAGCACAGUAGCAAGCGUCUAGAGGUUGAGUCAAACUCGACUUUUCAAACCGUUCUUGAAAAUGAGCAAAUGCGUUUAAGACAUCAGCGCGUAACGGACAAACAGGCGCUUCCUAGGCGUUUAGCACAACAGCAAAAGUCUGAACCAUCAACGCAAUUAAAGAAGCCUACACUAACAACACCUACGUCACCUUCUCUCCCAACAGAUAUGCCUUCAGGACACGCUAUUACAAAGUCUAGUACAGCCGAGGAAGUUCAUGAAUCCAAGCAAUUGCUUUUCCGUAAACAUGUCGGUGAUCAGAGGGCUAUCAAAUUACACAAUUUGCGACAAAAAUAUCUACGUCAAUCCAGCGACGAUGCUUUAAGUUUAGGAUAUCCUAAUUCAUCAAGGAGCACGGUCAGAGAUAAUACAUGCAGUAGCGUUUCCAGUGUCCUUGCUGCUGAUACGGUAGACUCUGCGUGGAAAGAGGCAGUAGAUCUUGAAGACACUUCUUUCUCUUUGGCCAAGUCAGAUAGUUUUGAAUAUGAGAAUGCUUUAGAUCGCUUGCGAAUACGCCAAAUGGAAAGUUUAUGGUCUCGAAACCAAGUUCAUGAAGAAGACUUAAAAACCGCCCCCUGCUCUUCGCCAUCUGGCCAUCAUUUGCAAACCAUAUCAGAAGUUGCUGGUCCCUUAAGACAAGGACCAGAUAUUUUACUUUCAGAAUCUGAAAACUUUUCCGAGACAGAAAAUUUCUUUCCUGCCUCCGCUCAUUUUUUACGUGAUCGUCCAGGAUUUUUGCAAUUCUUCGGUCCACAAAAUCAACCAACUGGUCUACGGCAACAGCGACAACAACAGGAGCCGUAUUCGGCCCCUGUUGAAAUGCAAACGGAAAGCACUUUUGUUUAUCCCGCUUAUUCCCCAAGCUUGCAACGCUGGAAGAGUGAAGCACGUGAUGAUCUAUCAGGCGAGAGUUCUACAGCUCUCACACCAAAAGACUUGAGCCGACAUAACUCUCCUCGACUUUCUCAACGAAGUGGAAGUGAGGCACCGCCUGCCACUACUAGCGCUAGAACCUUUCCAGUAAUUUCCACUACCAGCGCAACAGUAAGGCGCUUUGAGCUCCUGACUCCAAAUUAUCAUUCUACGCAACCAUUAGGUUAUUUAUCAUCUCCCCCGGGAUAUUCCACCGAAUAUCUGGAUAAGGCUCGCAAAUUCGGUGAUGUUGUGGUCGUACGUAAACCUGGUCAUCAUGUUGGACCCACCAAAAAUCCAAACUGUUCUUGUGAAUGCUGUCAACGUUGGCUUAACGAACGCAUCAUGUUACGUGGUCGUGCGUUCUCUUUGGGAGAACGUCCCUUACUAAAACGAUCUUCCUAAUAUUCAAUUUCGGGCAUUUUUCAUAGGUUGCAUUACACUGCCUUUUAUGUUUAUGUUUAGUUUAUACAUUAUUUUGUAUAUGCAUUUACUCUGAACUAACCAACGAUCCUAGUUAAGUAUCGUUUCAUAUUCAAUACUAAUCUAUAAGUUUUCAUGUUCCUAACACAGAAAAAUAAAUAUUAAAAAUUAAGUUUUUUAUAUGAAAAUCUCCUUUCGUCGCUCAGAAACUUUAAAUUGUAGAUUCCAAAACCUAGUCUACGAAUGGGGUAAGCUUUUGCAAAUCAAGCCAAAAAUAUUUCUUUCAAAGUUUUAUGCCUCACUUUGUGACCAUUUGUGUUAUACGUGUACUAAAUUUUUUGUUAUUU